GCUGCGGCACCACCGCUCGAGCCGUCCGCCCCUUUUCCCCACCCCCUCCCUCUGCUACUCGACCUAGUCCCCGCUCGGCUUCCAGUCCAGGGCGCCAUUCCAAGAUCUCAGACAGCACACGGAUAGAAAGGGCGAGAUGCCGUCCGCAGACAUAGCUGUAGUUUCAAUCCUGUCUACCAUGAAACUGCUGUUUAAGAUGGACGGUGUCACUCAUGUAGCCAGCGUGGAGCUGUGGGUGUUGAUGACAACGCUGCUGCUUGUGGUGAGGUUCCUGCUGGACUGCUUCGGGCCGUGGCACACGGACAGGGCCAUGUCGACCACCAUCCAAGUCAUCGAGAUGCUCAACUACUCCAUGGUGCACUACACCAUGGGCCUGAUGCAGCUCUCGGCCAAGAGGGUGAACGACUACUUUCAGGUAUGGGCGGUGCUGCUGGUAACCCUGCAGCACAGCGUCAAGACUGGGCGCCUGUACCAGAGGUCCAAGCAGAUCCCAUUGCUCGACCUCAUGUCCUCUUUCUGGGCAGCCAAUCUCCUCCGAAUGCAGACAUUCUUCCUCCUCAGGAUUCCCCUAUGGAUGAUCUGGGCCCUCAACGCGACCCGCAUCAUCGCAUACUUUGCCUCAUCCGACGGGGCUCAGACCAUCAACCAAGAGAACACGAGGCUCGUUAGCGACUAUAUGCGAUACGAGCACACACUCGGUCCCUCUCCCUCUUGUGAUGCAACCGCCUCCGACAAUGGGAUCAGUACGCAGUCGUACAGGUACUUGGUCUAUGGGGAAGACAAGGUGCUGCAUGACUCCCAACGGGGGAGGAGAACUGCAUCAGCGCAGUACAGGAUUCGGUUGGAUACAGAUAAUAAGAAGCUUGUCACCUUAGACAAGAUAUGGAAUGUUGAUGCUGGCAGCAGUGGGUUGCUGGGCGGUAGCAAUGACGCUGGCAACCGAUUGAAGGAUGUCUGCCUCUCAUUUGCAAUGUACAAGCUGCUGCGCCGUCGGUUCUAUAAUCUCCCGAUACACGAGGCUAGCCUAAAGAAGACAAGGCAGCUCGUCUUCGGCUACAUCCUGCAAGAGAAGAGAGACAAUUAUGAGAGGGCGUUCCGCAUCAUGGAGGUGGAAUUGUCCUUCCUCCAAGACUUGUUCUAUAGCAAGCAUUCCGCUAUGUUUGCUGACGGAUUUCCAUACAGGAGAAUGCUCAUGUCUUUGUCUCUUGUUGCUGCUACCGGCUACCUUGUAUAUCCUGUCCGUCAUAUACCAGAGAGGAUGGAUCAAGCAGACAAAAAUAUCAUCACUCACGGGGUGAUUGUCACUCGCAUCAUAGUUGGUCUUAUCAUUGCCAAGGAGCUGUCAGAGGUCUAUCUAUAUGUAUUCUCUCAAUGGAACAAGGUUUUGAUGAUCUGUAUGUACGUCAAGCAUCGGUGCUGGCGGAAUCUGAUAGUGGAGGCAGUAAUGCGAACAAUGUUCUGGUUCAUCAGGGGCAAGUGGGAUCAAAGGAUCUUCCAGUAUAACCUUCUGAUUUCGGAUUCGCAUCGUUGGAACAAAUUUCACAGAAUAUUCAGGUUGGCCAAAUUUCCCAGAAGAAUGAAGCUGGAGCCAGAGGUAAAGACAGCGAUAUUUGAGUCGUUCAAGGGCCUGCAGCAUCCAGAAAGAAAGUUGGAAACCUACUUAUUAAAUGCCUUCGGAUCAAACGAGGCCCUUAUGCAGCAGCUAAGAAGGGCAAAUGGGCCGGAGUCAAAGGAAUCCCUUAUGCAGCAGCUAACAGGGGCAAAUGAUACCCACAGCAUACUGGUCUGGCACAUCGCAACAUGCUUGUGCGAGAUACAUACCUCCGAUGAAGCGAAAAAACCGAAGGUUAGAUGGCUUCAAAACAGGCUCUUGGCCAAGAAAUCAACAACUCCAGAAGAUGUGUGGCCACAUUACUUAACUGCUGUCAGCUUAUCGAAUUAUUGUGCAUACCUGCUUACCAUAGCAUUGGUGCCAGACAACGGCAUUGUUGUUAGAAAGGUCUUGCAUGCGGUGCGUUGUGAAAUCUAUCAUGCUACUGGUCGCUCUGCAUCCCAUUCCCAGUCGAUGCAAAAUGUUUACAGAAAACUUAUCGAGAUUGCCACGAAGCCCUCUAAAGAGUCCAAGCAGGAAGUGCCCAGUGGAAUGGGUAAUGUAGUAGAACAAGUAGCCCCUGAAAGUUCAGUAAUCCAGGGAGAAGCGCUCAGGGUCCAGAUGGCUAAUGAUGAAGAAAAUCCUGACACAACAGGAGGUGAUGCCCGACAAUUCAAUUGUAUUAUAGUUUGGCAAAGCUGUAGUGCAUCCUUGCAUCAUGCACGUGUUUUCUUCUCAAUUUGGCUGCGGUGUUUUCGCAGGGGAAACAUUAGCUUCCAGUGUAAUCGCACGGUCAUUUAAAUUGUACCAUUCGAGAUUUGGUUUGGCUAUAUUGUGUUAAAUCUCAAACUCAACAAAUCUAUUGUGUAGUCUAUCAGGUGAGAACAGAAACUAGGAUACAGAAAGCUGUUUAAGA